UGCCUCGCGUGGUGAAUCAUUACGACAGGAAACCGGAUACUUCCACCAGCCGUUUUGUGUGCCAGUAUGUGUUUUUCGUGUAUGCAUCAGAGAGAAAAGGACACACAAAAUACUCCUAUUCAGCCCUGCCAAGCCAAGCUGAAAUGUGUUUUGCGUAUCUCGAAACAAGAGAACGAUUGAAACUGACUGAAAAGUUCAGCCAACAUCAUGAAGACUUUUACUUUACUUUUAGGAUUCCUUGUGCAUUAUACUGCCGCACAGAGGCGUCCUCCGAACUAUAGCCAGGAUGACAUGCCAGAGACGAACUUCAACUGCAGGGACAAGAUCCUUGGAGGCUACUAUGCAGAUCCAGAAACAGAUUGCCAGAUGUUCCACGUGUGUGUAAAGGUGCCUGGUGUUGGGAUACAAGAUUACCGGUUUCUCUGUCCCAAUGACACGUCAUUUGAUCAAGAGAACCAGAUCUGCGCCAAUUGGUUUGACAUCGAUUGUGAAGCUGCAACACUUUAUUACAGUGACAACUUUGAUCUGUACCGCAUUGGUUAUAAUCCCAGCAGUCGAAGUGUGGACACCACUAAAACAUCGCCAAUUCCUUUGGGCCCUUCAAGCGUAAGACCUCCUGUGAAGGCUCCUGCCGUGUCAAAGCCCCACCCCCAUUACCAGUAUGUCCGUCCAUCAGAUGAAGAAGAGGACUACUAUCUGCAGAGGAGUGAGGCUGGGGAUGGCCGACUACAACAAGAUUUACUAAGAGGAAGCAGCAGUAGCAAUUUCUUCAACAACAACAAGGACAAAGAUGAUGACGACGACAAUGAAGAUGAGACUUACAGGGACCUCAAAGAUGACCAAAGCUAUAGACGUCCAUCCAGCGGAAACAAGAAGAAAGUAGCCGUGAGGAAACUCGUCAGACGCCCAAACAACAAUUUUGCUCAAGAAGGGGAAAAUUAUCCAACUCAGAAACCUACAUCAGUUCCUUCUACUCAGAACAGUCGUGGUUCUAACCCUGAUAAUUACAACUACAAUAACGAAGGGAAUGGUUUUAGAAAUCAGCAGCAACAAAAUUACAAUGUCAGGAAUUACCAGAAACCAGUUCCAUUCACCGCCAGCAACAAUUAUACACCAACAACCGAAAGUGCCAUUGCUGCUAACAAUGACAGAACACCAGGAACUAGUAGCACAUACCAUCAGCCUCGUUACAACACAAUCCAGCGAAACGGUGCUCAGAGCAGCACUACUACACAACCACCAGUGCCUAACAAUGUGGUUUCCAGUAAUUAUAACCACCAGAAACAAUCAGAAAAUAAUGCUAAUACUCAAGAAAACAACUACAACACUGCCAAUUACUACAAUACGUUCUCUGCACAGAAAUCAACAGAGCCAAAACUGAUACAGUAUUCAACAACUGAAACAACAGCCAGUUAUUUCAACAAUUACCAGCAGCAGAGAGGUACAAAUUCAGAGAAAUACAACAAUAAAAAUAAUGGACCUAACACAGACAUUUAUUCAACAACAGCAAACUAUCCAUUAAGCUCAAAAAGUAAUCACAAUGACAAUGCUCAAGAGUCUAAAGCAACAAAUGAUUAUGCUAAGAAUACCGCUACUAAUUUUUCUCCCACAACCUUUGCACCUUAUAUCAGUGAUGCUUAUAGCAGUGGUAAUAAUCAGAAGAGAUUUGGUAACAGCUACAACCAGAGAAGCACAGACUAUUCAAACACAAAAUCUACUGCGGGUUUUAUAUCCACAACACUGAGUCCAGCUGCAAACACUCAGACAUACAAAGAUUAUGAGAGGAAAACCAGUGAAGAUUAUAAUAACUUCAACAACCACGAUUACCAGAGAACAAACAACAACUUUGGCCGUAACAGUGCCGUUACAGGUGACUUUGCCGCAGCUGAUGACAACAAAGAUGGCGAGUUUUUGAAAACAGCGCCCAGCAAUAACUACAGGCCCAAUAGUUUCAACACAUUUCAGAACUACAACGCUAACAGCAAGACUAACACACCUGUGGUAAACAACUACACAUCAACCACCGCUACAAACAGUAAAUCCUCGCAAAAUUACAGUAGUGACUACUAUGUCAUUCCCAAGACUGUGUCAUACACCAGUACAGAAACAAAUUACUUAGGCAAACAGUCGUCAAAUAGUAACAAUAAUUACUAUUCAGAAACUACAGCUGUUCCACCAAGGCCAUUUAGCAUAGCAGCAACAAAUCCAGUAACCAGAAAGCCUCAAAUAACAGCGUCACAAAAUUAUCCAACUGAGACCAUCGCACUACCAUCAAGCAAAGAGCCUACAUCAACAGUAAACUACCAGGAACAGAGAAACAGCAACUAUAAUGCUUAUUCUGUGAGCUCAACAACAGCGCACACGUCUGAAUACGAUAAUAUUGCAGCCAACAGUGGCACCAAGAAAACUCCCAUAUCUGGUUCAAAAACUCAUGAUGCAUCCUAUGAUUAUGCAUAUUAUGAUGACAGUAACACAGAAUAUGAUGGACUGGACCCUCUGAGCGGACAUCAUUUCGGUAAAGGGGGAGAAUCGCUUAAAGUAGCAAGGUCAACUAUAUCAAACAAAAGUACCUAAAACAUGAUAUAAAUACAUAAUAAUAUUCAGCAAUGACUGUUAAUAAUUUACUGUGCUGCUGUAAACUUAAAGCGACAAUGCAUUAGUGCAGUUCCACUUAAACAAUACAUGGUAGGUUUUACAACAUACUACUGAGAAACUUUUGAAAAUGAUUAACCACAUAUAUUCUGUUGCUUGAUGGUAUAAAAACUCAAAAGUACUGCUUUGGCAACAUUUUGAUCAUCACUGAACAUUGUGGGUGCAAAAUGAACUUAAAUAACCUAAAUUAUUUCACUCACGUUGAAAUGAAUUGAUAACAAAAUUAUACAUCUCACUGAAUCUGAAUUCCUACCUAAUACUGAGGAAAAUAUUAAUUUAUAGUAGAGAUGAUGAAAUUUCAUUAAUAUGAACAAUAUGGUCUUUAUUAAUACCACAUCCAUAAAUUUUUAAAUACAAAUAUAAUGUCAGUUGCUCAACAACUGGGCGCUGUUACAGUAAAUAGCAAAUCAUGAUAAAUGUUAAAGAAUGAAGUACACAGUAGCAUAAAACAUAGUAGCUCCUUUGUAAAUAUCCAGUGAGACAGUGUAAUACAUCUUUGUUUUUUACCAUUUAUUUUGUUUUGUACAAAGUUAAGAUAAUAAAAAUGUUAUGCCAUUUCUCUGGCAUGGCAUUAUACCAAA